AUGCGAUACCAAAGAUCUAAGGGCUUGUUUGGUGCGUUGAUUGUACACGAAGCACAGAGCGAUAUUCGUGAGAAGCUGGGGCCAUUUGAAGAUCGACCAGAGAGAAAAACAUUGAUCAUUGUCGAUCAAGAUCCGAGUAAAAAGAAAUCUAGGAAGGCAGUUCAAUCAUUUUGUUUGCCAGAUGGAUCAAGCUUGCCAAUGCAUUUUAGACGGUUCACGUUAUUAAUUUAUGGUAAAGAUCCUGCUACAAGCCCGCUAGAAAGCGCAGGUAAUGAAUCACAUACACAAUUUUACGUGGUUAGUGGAAGAAACUAUCGUUUUAGAAUCAUAGAUGGGGCGUUGGGAACUAUUUUUGUGAUUUCCAUAGAUUACCAUAAGUUGUAUAUUAUAGCGACAGACGGAUCUUUAGUAAAACCAUUUGAAACUGAUUUUCUUAUUGUGCACGUUGGUGAAACAUACGAUUUCAUUUUGAAAGCGAAGAAAGACAUCCUGCCAGGUUCUAAAUACCCAAUUAGAAUCCAGUCGCUCGCUGUUAAUUGCAAGAAUAAUAGCGAACUAGCCGGACAAGGUUUCGUCUUCCUGGCGUACACAAAUCAAUCUAUCAAAAUGACAUCACCAACUUCAGAAAAUUUGAUAGUUCAGAAUGAUAGAUGUAAUAAUAAAUCCAAGCCAUGCACGAUAAUGAACUGUCCUUUUAAAAUAAUGCCAAAAAAUUAUUCAAAACCUGAUACAUAUAUGAAAUGCUAUGAUAUAUUAUCCCUUAAGUUGCUGUAUCCCACACCAAGUUUUGAAAUUCCAAAAUCAGCUGAUUUUGCAAGCGAAUUUUUCUUCAACUUUGAAGGAGCGAAGCCAAGAGCAUCACUUAUUAAUGGUAUUAGGUUCAGGCUGCCUGCAGUCCCUAUCCUUGAAAAUGAAGAUGCAGCAAAUGAAUGCAAGUAUCCGGUAAAUUGUUGA